UUGCUCAUCUCAGCUAGAGGGAAAACCAUUCAAGCUAUGCUCACUAUCACAUUCCUGGAAGCCGUKCGUUGAAAUAAACUGAGGAGUUAAGAUUCACUGAAAACAAGGUGCACAGAUUAAGCUGAACGUACAAAGCUUCGAUGUCGCUGCAAUUCAACGCGACUAACGCAUCAGUUACGACCGACUAUGACGGACAAUGGCUGACUCCAACAGUAUCAGUGCUGGCUACAAUUACCGUAUUGAGCAAUAUCUUAGUUUGUGCGGUGGUUUUGUCACAACGACGAAUGAGAACACCAAUGAACUGCCUGCUCGUCAACCUCGCCAUUAGUGACAUCAUUGUUGCGUUAUUUGCAGUAUUUCAAAUAGUAUUGCGUGACGAGCUGCGAUAUUCUAAGGGUCUGAGGGCAGACCUUCUAUGUAAAUUAAUCACUGGGGGGAAUUUUACUUGGAUGGGAAGCGCAGCAUCAACGUUCACGCUAACUGUCAUAGCCAUUGAAAGAUUCCGUGUUGUCUCACAGGCAUCAAAUGCUUUGUUAACGUCACUGUGUCUUAAAAUCAUCCUGGUCUCCUGUUGGGUGUAUGCUAUAACUGUUAACCUCCCUCUUUUCCUUGUCGUCCGCUACAAAGAGCUCACAAGAUCCAUUCACUGCGCAGAAAUAUGGUCCCACAAGUCUUACGGACAGAUUUACACAAUCUUCUGCUUCUGUAUCUUCGGUGUGAUCCCAUUGGCUGCCAUGGGCGUGUUUUACACGCUUACAAUUCGAAUGCUCUGGAAGAAUCGCGUGCGCGCAACCGCCGCGUCGGACUUACGUAUCAUUGACCAGCGUAAGAAAGUUACGCGCAUGAUGAUCAUCGUCAGCAUCAUCUAUGCAUCGUGCAGGCUGCCAAACUUAUUUAUGUACAUGUUAAUCGGCUACAAGGACCGAGACAUGUACUCCUCGCUGCCAUACCUCAUCACAGUGUUGUUGGUGUGUAUAAAUUCUACCGUCAAUCCAUUUGUGUAUAGUCUUCACAGCAGUAGAUUCAGAGAAGGUGUGAAUAGAUUGCUGUUUUGCAGACGUUUGCAAGGAUCUUAUGGAGUGCAGCAGCAAACUUGACGGAGGCACAGACUUGUGUGGAACUCACUCGGUGUCACCUUUUUUGUCAAAAUAUCGAAUUUUAUUAUUGACACAAAUGUGUUCCCUGGUCACAGUGGAUCUCCAUAGUCUCGGCCACGCCUUAGGGAUCCGUCUAUCCGGCCAAGGCUGUGAUCAACGGUCAUUCGUCCACUAAUCUCAAGUGAAAAUGAUCCCUGUCGAUCCGGUCGUAUUCUCACUAACCAGCUAACCGUUGCAGUCUGGAUAGAACAAUGAGUCGACCAAUUAAAGGAGUGAAUGAAUAAAAGAAAAGUAACUGAAAAAAUGAGGGUUGAGCAAAGAUCAGUAAAGCAUGAUGGGAAGAGUUUUCGUCCUCGCACCUUUUUAUAUGAUUCCUAAAAGACACUGUUUUCUUUUGUAGAAGACACCUUGUAUGAAAGAGCACUAUUGUUAUAGUCUAAAAACUCCCAUGCUUUGUUGCACAAUAUGCCUAGUGCCCAGCUCUCACCUUUUUUAAAAAUCUUGUGUGUAACAAGAAUACGGUACGCGUGGGGAUCAGGAGCACACUUUUGACAUAAUAUGCAUUUCGGACUUCAUAAAAAUUCUGAAAUGUUAGAAAUAUUUGUUUGAACGUAAUUAUUCUUCCCAACUAAACAGACUAACGAUUUUCACCUGUCCGAGUGGCUCGUCAAUAAGAAUUGAUCAUGGUGGGCACGAGGCGAAUAAUAAAAAUUGUGAUUUGAUGA